AUGACACAGGCGUCGGAGGUCCACGGCGCCACGUUGGCGAAAAACAGCAGCAACGGCCGUAGCCAUGACGGGACGAAUGAAGAGAUUCGAAAACGUCGCGCACCUCCUGGAACAAACGCCACAGCAGAAGAGCGUGCGCGGUACGAGCUCGAGCGUAAGAAAGUGGCCAAAUACAAAGAGGACAAGCUCAAAGCGCGUCGCGAUCACACACGCAUGAUCCUAGAAAGUCACGCUCAGGCAAAGCGCCGUGCAUUACUCGGAAAACAGUCUGAAUUUCUUGCUACCCUUGAGUUUCGUAAUACACUACCCGACAUUCCUUUCGACACAAAAUUUGUUAAGUACCCUCACGAACCGGAACGACUCAUAAAAUACAAGCCUAAUACCCUCGAGAUGGACUACACAUACGAGAUUCACGAAGAGCCAAACCUUGGACUUACCAUCGAUCUAAUCGAUCCAGCCAAGUACGAGGUACCUAUGGAGCCUGAACCACUGGAGGUUGGCGACGAGCAGAUCUUGAUGAUGAAGGAGGACCAUGCUGGCUCAAAAGGCCGGUCGAAAGUCCGUCCAACGGUAUCUUGGCUGCGACGGACAGAGUACAUGGGCAACGAUUUGUAUGAUUCGGUGCACAAGUUCAAGAGUGAGGCCGAAAUUCAAAGUGCGCUACGCAAGGGCACAGAGAUGGCGCUUGCAGAAGUGGUGUCCGAAACGUUGGAAGACCGUGCUGAAGCUUCUUUUCGCGACAUUAAUGACCCCGCAACAUUGGUACACCCGCACAGCAAGAAGCAGAAAGCCGUUAAAGUCUGGGAUGUUUUUCCGGAUCAGCUCUUGUCAGCUAACAAAUAUGCUAUUUUGUCAUACGACAUGCUUCCAUCUGAAGAUAUCAAGAGCAAGGGAGUUACUUUUCGCGAGGAACGUGCUUUGUUGUGUGGCAUUAACAAGAAAAUGCAAGCUGGCAAUGAGCUUAUUCAAGGAUCGAUUUUAUUGCCCAAUACCGAAGAAGAGGAAAACACUGAUCGCAAAAAAUUCUCAUACUUCCGAGAGUAUCUUAUGUCGGUGGAGUCGCUUGAUAGCCUCCACAUUGUCUUCAUGUUGGAUCCUGAGUCAAACCAAUUUACAUACAGUGACGUUUUGAACCGAAUUCAACUAAAAAAGACGAAGAUGAGCGGCGAUGAUAAACGUCGUCAUGGAGCGGUCGUUCACCGUCGAGAAUAUUCGGAAGCUGAAAACGAACGUCGCACUCAAAUUCUUUUUGAAUGCGGAGGAAUUUAUGACGAUCAGCUUGAUGAUGAUGAGAACGUGCAUGAGUUUAAGCGCCAACGAUUAGGAGACGUGCUUGCGUCGCCUAAUGCUGAUGGGGACACAAAGACUAGCAUACCUUCCUCAGACAUUCUCAACGUGGGUACUACCAUACCUGUAAAGAAAGAUAGCAGCAAUAGUCCCGUUCCACACAACGACGGCAGUGCUAGCCCAGUAAUCAGCGACAGUGACAGUGAAUAG